AUGGCUUCUAAAAUGGUGAAAGUUAAAUUCAACAACGGCUGUGAGAUUCCCAUCCUUGGAAUUGGUACAUGGAAGUCGAAACCAGGCGAAGUUACGGAGGCCGUGAAAACAGCCAUAGAAGUUGGCUACAGACAUAUAGACUGCGCCUAUGUCUAUGGCAAUGAGAAGGAGGUCGGUGCUGCCAUCUCUGCUAAGAUCGCUGAUGGCACUGUUAAAAGAGAGGACCUGUUCAUCACCUCCAAGCUAUGGAACACCUUCCACCGACCGGACCUGGUGAAGGGUGCACUCCUGAAGAGUUUGGAGAAUCUCAACCUCUCAUAUCUGGACCUCUACCUCAUUCAUUGGCCCCAGGCUUACAAGGAAGAAGGCGAGUUAUUCCCAAAGGCUGAAAAUGAUAAGAUAGCAUUCUCAGACGUGGAUUACGUGGACACAUGGAAGGCUUUGGAGCCACUCGUUGGUGAGGGUCUCGUCAAGAGUAUCGGCAUCUCAAACUUCAACUCUAAGCAAGUCGCCAGACUUCUGGAGCAUGCCAGCAUUGUGCCCGUCACCAACCAAAUCGAAUGUCAUCCCUAUCUGAACCAGCGCCGUUUAAAAGAUUUCUGUGAGGCGCGCAAGAUUACGAUCACAGCUUACUCCCCCCUGGGGUCUCCUGACAGACCCUGGGCCAAGCCUGACGACCCCAGUCUACUGGAAGACCCCAAGCUGAAGGCCAUCGCAGAUAGGCUCGGCAAAACUGUCGCUCAAGUUCUGAUUCGUUAUCAAAUUGAUCGGAACAACAUUGUGAUACCGAAGUCAGUGACGGCGUCCCGUAUCGCGAGCAACUUUGAUGUGUUUGACUUCAAACUGUCGCAGGAAGAUAUGUCGUUGAUAGAUUCCUUCGAUUGCAACGGACGCAUGGUGCCCAUGGCUGCAUCACUGGGCCAUAAGUACCAUCCAUUCGAGAAUGAAGAAUUCUAA